GUAGUUUACUAUUGUGUGUCAUGCAUAAGACAAAAUGCUGUUGGAGUCGACAAGGGUUAGGUUACUUGCUAGAGAAGAGUAAUGACCCGCGGAUAUUUUUUCGUUAAAAGAAAAUUUUUUUAUAAUUUCUUUGUGAAUGAGAAUGCCAAGGAAAUCCCGUGUUCACCCUUACCUAUUAACUUAGGUUUUAGUGGAGAUUUAUUGAUAUGAUUCUGAACAAAUCAUGCGCUACAAAUAAAAAUAUUACGCUAUAUUCAUGCAAAACCGUCUUGACUGUGUUUUUUUAAACAUAUAUUAUAUUUUGAAUGUUUAGCCAUUAUCAAAUUGGUACGUUUACUUUUCAUUUACUACUAGAAUAGAUUUUCUUAAAAAACCUAAUUAAAACAAGAAAACUCGUUGUGGCUAAGGGUUAGUGUUUUUAAAUAAGUCCAUUUUCUAGAUAGUUUGGAGACUUAAGGCAGUUUAAGUAAGGUGAAAGGUGUCUAUGUUGUAUUUUGUGUUGAAUGUAAGGUAUUUCAAUAUGCGUCUGUAUUUUUAAAAACUGUAUAAUAGUAACAUUUAAUCAUAAAAGUAAGGUGUAAUUCUCUGUAUUUUUGUAUUCACGAAGAAAAAUGAUAUGGGGAUUUUUUUAAGCAAAAAGAAAAAUUAAAAAAAAUACCGAUACAUUUUUAUAUUGAAAGAAAACCGGAAUUCAUGGAUUGAAGAAAACAGUUUUGAUGAGAUGCAUUGCUUUUUGAACAGUACAAUAAUGUGCUAGUAAUGUAAAGGAAUUGUAUGAAAUGGCGAAAUUUGGUUUUUUCGGUUGGGACACCACAGACUAUGGUAGUAGUUGCAAAAUUCAAAAUGUUACGUUUUCAAAGUGUUUAAUAAAUAAUAGAAAUUAUUGUUUUAAGAUUUGAGAAAAGCAAAACAAAAAUGUUGUUUUUUACGAAAUAAGGUGGUGUUCGCAGCGUAAAAAAAUUGGACCAUAAAAGACGUAGCACAUUGAGAAUGGCCCGGAAUCUUUGAGAAUAUGUCAAAAAUGUUUUUCACAUAACAAAGUGCCUUUUAUCUUUUACCGAAAUGGAUGAUACUUUUUCUAAACGAACUGAACUAAAAGAUUUUUUGCAUUCGAAAGGCGUACAUGAUUUUAAUUCAAAUGCACCGAUAUUUGAAAAUGGUCGUUGCGAUUUGACUAACGACGGUCACGUGCAUGAGAAUCUAGCCGGUCCACAUAGCGCCAAGAUUUUAAAGCAUGUUUCUUUAUUGUAUAUAGCCUUCAAACGAGCGGAUGUCAGUAGUUGUGGAUUGGCGACAAUUGAAGAUAUUCGUAGAUCUUUUUUUGAGGAUCAAGUGGUUCAUUCAAUUUUUGGUUUAGGCAACACACUACUAAAAAGUGAACAGUCACAUCAUGAGACGGUUAUCAAUUGCCCUGAAGGUUUCUUGAAAUUAUCUCCUAUUAGGUCUAAUGAGAAAAACAAAACAGGUCCUUUCAAGAAAGGCACACAGAGCCCUCAAAAUAAGUUAUGGGAGUGUCUAGGUACUACAGUCGUAUCUUCAUUUUCUUACCUUGAAAUAGACGUUCUUUUAAACGGUUUUUUUUUAAAUAAAUGGAAAAAUAAUCUAGAUUUAAAUUUAUUUUUUGCUAAGUCGAAGAUUGAGUAUUUUCAUGACUGUUUUACAGAGAAUAGUGAAUCACGGAGAAAUUGGAGUGUAGAAUCGCAAAAAAAAUUGGACAAAAUGUUAAUGUCAUUACGACGAAUUGAAAUUGACGGAAUUCGCUGUUUCUCCCACCGUCAAAACACUUGCGUUAACGUUGGAUUUCCAGAGUAUGUUAGUGCUUUUUUCAUUUACGUAAGCCCGACUCACCCGACUAUGUUUAAAACGAGUACGUCUCCUCAACACCCUUCAAUUGACAAGCCAACUCGUUUUAGAAGGAAACAAACUAUGCAGUUCACGUUAUCAGAACAGUUUGUUCGCGAUAGUUACUUGGGUACAUGCAUUACACACUAUGAGUCGGUUCUUCCACAUCACCUCUCUCUUCCUAAAACAUUCGUUAUGGAAGACUUACUGCUUGGUUUUUCCCCUGAUAACAAGAAAUUAUUCCACGACGCUCUACCUUCGACAAGUCUUUCGAGAAGGUCGCGACUGAGUCCCAUUGAAAAAGAGAAAAAAAAAUAUUUUCAACAUGAAAUUGAACACAGGAAGCCUUUGACAAAAAUUGAGAGAGAAAAUCUUACAAAGGAGUUACAAACACUUCAAAGAAAAAUACGCACUUCUCAGGAAAACCGUAUAGUAAGAAUGCACUGAUUUUUUUAAAUUGGCUUCGAAUUAUCUGAAGAUAAAGCAAUGUGUUGCUAAGCACGUGUAAAGAAUAAUUGUUCAUAGUGUUUAAAUCAAAGUAUUCAUUGAAAUGGGGAAUAAGCCGUUGUUUUUUGGGACACGAAGGUUUCAAUAUAAUGAUUGCGUUUAUCAUAAGCAGUCAUAGAGUGCUGUCGUUUACGAAACAUUUUACUGUACCAAAAUAGUUUUUUUUAUGUAGUGACACAAAUGAAAUGAGACCACAUUUGAAUGAAAUGAACAGGUUUUAAAAAUGCAAACGCAACUUUUGAAACGGUUAUGAAAGGAUUUAAAAACAUCAAGGUAUUUUUAA